AGGUGGGGCACAUUUAGUUUUACUUUCAUUUCUGCUUAGUGGGAGGGGCUGCUGCUGUUUCUAUUUCCCCAGCUGGGUUUGGAGCUCACUUCAAGGUACUUGGAAAGCGACACAACAGGCAGGGAGCAGAAAUGGGACAAAAACGGGGGAUGAGAGAACUGAGAGAAGCCGGAGAGCAGUUCCAUCAAUACCUCAAAGACACCCAGAGAGAUGCAGUUACUGAUAAAGCUGAGCUGAAAGUGAUUUAUGAGGAAUUUAAGCAGAGAGAUGCUCAAAAGAAACCAAAUUUUUCCUCUGCAAUGUAUGGCCUUAAAGUCUCGGGAAGGGUUUAUGUGAAGAAGAAUACAAUAACAUUCUAUGAUGAGGGUGUGAGCAAAAAAUCUCUGACAGAUCAGUACUUUGUUAUGCGUAGGAGAAAGAGGGCUAAACCUGUCCCUGAGCAACCAGUGAAUAAUGGAAACAACUACAGCAGAUCAGAAGCACGGAGAAUCUCAAAAUGGAUCAGCAACAACAGAUCUCAAUUCAUUGGCAAGAAUGAUAUUCACAUUUCUUCAGACCAUGAUCGUAACGAAGGCCGUAUUCGUUUUAAGUGCAACCUAGGGGAAGAGUUUACUUUCCAAAUUCUGGUUGAGAAUAAAUCCGCUAAGCCUGUGACCUUUAUUCAGUACAAAAUGCUACAGAAAAUGAAUAUCUUCUCAUUUAGUGAUGCACAGAAUGUGUCCAAAACUGCCCCUUUAAUUCUAAACCCAGGGGAUCGUCAUGAGAUUUGUGUGUCCUGCAUACCAGCCUAUUAUGGAUAUUUCCCUGUUACUUUGGUAUGUGAGUUCAUGACUGAAAAUGAAACCUCUAGUCGGAUGAUUGUUGGUAGAUUCAUAUCAGCUGUGUGUACCAGUAAGUUGAUGGAUGACCUUAAACCAACUUCCAAAUAUGUUUCAUAUCAAAAAGACCUCUUCAAGACAUCUGAGAGAAUUGAAGACGGAUUUCCCCUUGAACAUUUAGUGAAUUAUCAACUACAGAUGGAAAUCCCUCUAAGACAAUUUCCUCUACCUCCAUAUCUCAGGGACAGCAUUAAGGCAGGUGUAUUCAACCAUGAUGCAGGUGGUAAGAGACGUUCAGGAAACCAAGACAGAGAUCUGCUGAAUAAUCCCUUGGACUUUAAUAAUUACAACAAGAGAUUCCAUCUACUACUUUACCUUGAGGAAAUACAAAUGGAGAUUGACAUCAGGCAAUAUGAUCAAAAGGACUAUACAAUGGAGGUGGAUCCUGAUAACAGAAGGCUCUUAACCUUAAAGGUUCCAGGCCUAGCUGAAAACAGGCCUUCUGUGCUGAGAGGAGAUCACCUGUUUGCGACAUACUCUGAUGAACGGGGCAAGCCUGGAAUUAUCAGCUACAAAGGUUAUGUACAUGGAGUGGAAAUGGAGAGAGUUAAACUUGGAUUUUCUUCAAAAUUUAGGGAUAUUUUUCUUCCUGGCAUGCUCUAUGAUGUCACUUUUACAUUUAAUCGCCUACUGCUGAGAAUCCAGCACCGAGCAGUGGAUCUAGUUAAAGAAAAUAGCUUGAAAGAAAUUAUUUUUCCAACAGGUUCUCAUGAGCGCAUGAUUGAUGUGGGAAAACUGUGUCUCUAUGACAGAAGCCUUGAAAGUAACAAUGAACAGUACAAUGCUGUAAAGCAUAUUUUAAGCGGAAUGUCUAGACCUGCUCCAUAUAUAAUCUUUGGCCCACCAGGAACUGGGAAAACGGUUACAUUAGUAGAAGCAAUCAAACAGGUUCUGAAGUUAAUCCCUGAUGCUCAUGUCCUCGCGUGUGCUCCAUCAAACAGUGCCUCAGACCUACUCUGUGAGCGCCUCCUAAAACACGUGAACACCAAAGACAUUUAUAGGAUUAUAGCCAUGAGUAGAGACAUUCGUACAGUUCCAGAAGAAAUCAAGAGUUGCUGUAAUUUGGACAUCAGUAGAAUGAAUUAUGUGUACCCUUCUAAAGAAGAACUGAAGAAAUACAAAGUGAUUGUUUCAACACUUAUUACUGCUUCAAGGCUAGUUGGUGCAAAGUUUCCUUAUGGCCAUUUUACUCAUGUCUUUAUUGAUGAAGCGGGCCAAGCUGUGGAGCCUGAGUGCGUGACAGCCAUUGCAGGAAUUAUUGAUGUGAUGGAUAUGGAAACUAACAAAUAUGGUGGACAGGUAGUCCUAGUUGGUGACCAGCAACAGCUUGGGCCUGUACUGCGAUCUCCACUGGCCAUACAACAUGAACUAGGUAUUUCUUUCCUGGAAAGACUGAUGACACAGAAUCCUCUCUACAGUAGGAAGGAAGGGAAGUAUGACCCACAGUUUGUCACUAAGUUGCUGAAAAACUAUAGGUCCCAUCCAAGCAUUCUGAAGAUUCCAAAUGAGUUAUUUUAUGAUAAUGAGCUCCAGGCAGUUGCAGAUGAAAUGAUCACAUACUCCUAUUGCAAAUGGGAGAUGCUUCCAAAAAAGGACUUCCCCAUUAUCUUCCAUGGUGUGUUGGGUGCUGAUAUGAGGGAAGAAAAUAGUCCAUCUUUCUUCAAUCCAGCUGAGAUUCAAGAGGUUAUAUUUUACCUUCAAGAACUGCUGAAGACACAAGGCAAGAAAGGAUUGGCUAAGAUUUCCCCAAAGGAAAUUGGCAUAAUCUCUCCUUACAGGAAACAGGUGGAAAAGAUUAACAAAGCUGUUCAUAAGACAUUUUCACAUGUUCCUAAUAUUAAGGAUUUAAAGGUUGGCUCAGUGGAAGAAUUUCAAGGCCAGGAGCGAAAAGUUAUCAUUGUAUCUACAGUUCGUAGCAACGAAAGCAAAAAAUUUGUCACAUUUGAUGAAGUCUUUAGCCUUGGCUUUGUAAAGAACCCUAAGAGGUUUAAUGUUGCUAUUACAAGAGCAAAAUCACUCUUGAUUUUAGUGGGAAAUCCUGUAGUACUUGGCCAGGACCCCCACUGGUCUCAGUUUUUGAACUAUUGCAGUGAUUCUGGAGGUUACCGUGGCUUCAAGAUAGAAUCAAAAGAUCUGCAUGAGAAUAUUAUAGGACUAUUCGGUCACCUGAAUCUCAAUAGUCCUCCACCAGGAGAAGAAACUGGAGAGAGUCAUCUGCAUCAGCAAGUUGAACCAGCUUGGAGGCAUGACCACUGAAUUCUACUUUUUCCUACAGUAUAAAGACUCAUUCACUCAGAAAAAUGUCUUAUAUUUCUUAGCUCAUUUCAGUCACAGACAUCUCUAUAAGCAGUAGUAAAUAUUAACAAAGCACAAACACAAAUUGUUUCUUUGUCUUGUGUGAUGCCUGCUCUUAUCAUAAGUGUACGAGUAUCUAGAAUGACUGCCAAAAACAAGAGGGGUUUCCCACCCGUACUGAUAAUAAAACUCUCAAAAAUACCUUUACAUUGAAGAGAAUUAUGAUUUUUCAUAUCCUUGGCAGUAGCAUCAUGUUAUAUAACAAACAUGCAGAAGGAAGCGUUUUUACACAAUAUCAUUCUCAUUUCAAGGAUACAAUUCCUGUUCUCAUCUGCUUUAUGUAGUUUUUGUUCAAUAGUUGACUGUUAGCCUUAACCUUACCUUUGUUGACAGUGUAGAAAUCAAUGAAAGAUGCUUUAUACAUAAUGUGUAGAACUACUUAGCAUUUUUUGAAAUGUUAAGAAUAUUUUUACAGAACACUUUUCUUGCAAGAGGUACACUAUAUUCUUUUUUUUUCUUGCUAAAUAUAUUGUGCUUCUUAUAUAUCAUUUACAGUUAUUUUGCUAAAAUGAAUCAAAAUUAUUGUACUUACAGGAUAGCAUAAAAUGAUAAGGAAAUUGAGCCAUAAUUGGUGAACUGCCUUUUGUACCUCUAUAGUAUAAUGUCAAAAUGCUUUCUAAUCCACAAAAUAAAUGCUGUCAAGAAA